AAGUACAGACAAAGGAAGAGGGUGCGUAUCGAUAACUCUGACCAGCGGGUGAACAUGGAGCAAAACAAUGACCAGGCACCUGGCAAUAAAGCGGAGAGCGCUCAGGCAACCCGGCGCCUCAGCAUCCAGCGCUGCAUCCAGUCGCUGGUGCACGCCUGCCAGUGCCGCAACGCCAACUGCUCCCUUCUGUCCUGCCAGAAGAUGAAGCGCGUGGUGCAGCACACCAAGGGCUGCAAGCGCAAGACCAACGGCGGCUGCCCCAUCUGCAAGCAGCUCAUUGCCCUCUGCUGCUACCACGCCAAGCACUGCCAGGAGAACAAGUGCCCCGUGCCCUUCUGCCUCAACAUCAAGCACAAGCUGCGCCAGCAGCAACUGCAGCACCGGCUGCAACAGGCGCAGAUGCUGCGCAGGCGCAUGGCCAGCAUGCAGAAUCCCAGGUCAAACAGGCAGCGCGCAUAAACGCAUGCAGUCUCUCGCUGCCACGGCUCAUAAAAUGAGGGGGUGACGUGGUGGAAUUCUCCUUUUUAACCAAAAAAGCAAUGCAGACUCUGCAGGCUGAGGAGUGCUUUCAUAUCCAUGAUUGUGUAAUAAUCUUUAAAGUGCCCCUCCAGAUGUAUUUUAAAACCUUUAAACAUUUUCUGUAUUGAAUAAUAAUUUGUUUAGGAUGAUUUUUUUCACCAAAAAAUAAACUACUGAAAAUGGCUUA